ACAGGAUUUUUUUUUUUGCGCUAGUUGAUUUUAAACUCAGUUUUAAUGUAUUUUAUCGCUGUUUUCGCUGAGUUUUAGUAUUUCGGUGAUAUUUUAAUAGCCGUAGUGAACUAUAAGCGCAGCUAGCAGACGCGGGUGAGUCUCAGAGGUCUUAGUUUCCGUCUGAGUAUGAGUACAGCAUGAGGAGGCGUUUAGAGGAUCAGGAGCCAGUGUUCACCCCACAACAGCGCCGGCUUCCCGGCAGCGCCGAGGGCUUUCAGCACAGGGUUCUUGCCCCAGCACCUGCCGUAUUCGAGGCUGUGGCUGACGGCAUGCAGCCUACUCCAGGAAUACAGUAUCCGGUUCCCCAAGCAUACCAGGUGUCCACAGUGGCCCAAAGCUCAAGUGGUCACGGUCACACUCCCAGUCCGGCGGCGGCAGCGGCAGCGGCCCACAGUGGUGCUCACCAUCAUGCUCCAGCACCUGUCCAGGCCCACGGUCCUGCACCGGUGCAGGGUCACAAUCACCCCCCCACCCCCUCUGUAUCCGCACAGGGGCAGCAGCAGUUUCAGAGACUCAAGGUGGAGGACGCCCUGUCUUACCUAGACCAGGUGAAGCUACAGUUUGGCAAUCAGCCACAGGUCUACAAUGAUUUCUUGGAUAUCAUGAAAGAGUUUAAAUCUCAGUGUAUUGACACACCGGGCGUAAUCAGCAGGGUGUCGCAACUCUUCAAGGGUCACCCUGAUCUCAUUAUGGGGUUUAACACAUUUCUUCCACCGGGAUACAAGAUUGAAGUCCAGACCAAUGACCUGGUUAAUGUGACUACACCCGGUCAGAUCCACCACAUCACACCUCACGGCAUCUCCGUGCAGAACAUCCCCACCAGACCACCGCCGCCGCCGCCACCCCCGCCACAGCUCCAGAACCAGAUCCCCGCGAACCCUCCCAACCUGGCGUCCACACCUCCCGCCCAACCCACACCGAAAAGCAAGGUAGUCACACUGAAAAAUUUCAAAACUUUUACAAGGUCCUGGUUUGGUCCGUAUUUUUUAUCAUCUCUCUCUACACAGCCGCUGCAGUCUCCGGCUUUGACUCCGAGCAGUCAUCCCAAUCCGUCCAUCCCUCCGUACGCGUCCCCGCGUUCGCCCCCGCUGCAGCCCCUCACCCCCAUCAACAGCAUGCCCACCGCCCCGCCGUUGCAGAACAACCAGCCCGUGGAGUUCAACCACGCCAUCAGCUACGUCAACAAGAUUAAGAACCGCUUCCAGGGCCAGCCCAACAUCUACAAAUCCUUCCUUGAGAUCCUGCACAAGUAUCAGAAAGAGCAGCGUAAUGCAAAAGAAGCAGGUGGGAGCUACACCCCGGCCCUGACUGAGCAGGAAGUUUAUGCUGAGGUGGCCCAACUCUUCAAAAACCAGGAAGAUCUGCUCUCCGAAUUCGGACAGUUCCUGCCAGAUGCCAACAGCUCUGUGCUGCUGAGCAAGACGACGGCAGAAAAGGCAGAAUCUGUGCGUAACGAUCACGGCGGAACGGCCAAGAAACCGCAGCUCAAUAACAAGCAGCGGCCCAAUCAGAACGGCUGCCAGAUACGCAAGCACUCGACUACAGCCGUCACCCCACCUGUGAAGAAAAAGCUCAAGUUAAUGAAUAUCAAAGAUUCGUCCGUGGCAGAGGCUGGCAAACAUGGUGGAGGAACAGAGUCUCUUUUCUUUGACAAAGUGCGGAAAGCUUUACGAAGUGCUGAAGCAUAUGACAACUUUCUCCGGUGCCUGAUCAUUUUUAACGAAGAGAUCAUUUCUCGUGCUGAGCUGGUUCAACUUGUGGUUCCAUUCCUGGGCAAAUUUCCUGAGCUGUUCACUUGGUUUAAAAACUUCCUUGGAUAUAAGGAGAUGUCACACCUGGAGACGUACCCAAAAGAGCGAGCCACUGAAGGAAUUGCCAUGGAAAUUGACUACGCUUCAUGUAAGCGUCUGGGCUCUAGUUAUCGAGCUUUACCCAAGAGCUACCAGCUUCCCAAAUGCACAGGAAGAACAUCACUCUGUAAAGAGGUGCUGAAUGAUACCUGGGUUUCCUUCCCCUCCUGGUCUGAGGACUCCACGUUUGUCAGCUCCAAGAAGACUCAGUAUGAAGAGCACAUGUACAGGUGUGAGGACGAACGAUUCGAGCUGGAUGUCGUCUUGGAAACCAACCUGGCCACCAUUCGUGUGCUGGAGGCGGUUCAGAAGAAGCUGUCUCGGAUGUCUGCGGAAGAGCAGGCCAAAUUCCGACUGGACAACACUCUGGGCGGCUGCUCGGAGAUCAUCCACAGGAAAGCCAUCCAGAGGAUAUAUGGAGACAAAGCUCUGGACAUCAUCGACGGGCUGAAGAAGAAUCCGGCAGUGUCUGUUCCCAUUGUACUUAAGAGGCUAAAGCUAAAGGAGGAGGAGUGGCGUGAAGCACAAAGGGGUUUUAACAAGAUCUGGAGAGAGCAGAAUGAGAAAUACUACCUAAAAUCUCUAGACCAUCAAGGCAUUAACUUCAAACAGAACGACACUAAGGUGCUGCGCUCGAAAACGCUCCUCAACGAGAUCGAGAGCAUCUUUGAUGAGCGGCAAGAACAGGCUUCGGAGGACAACAACCCGUCUCCUACCGGCCCUCACCUGACGCUGACCUACGAGGACCGGCAGAUUCUGGAGGACGCGGCGGCGCUAAUCAUCCAUCACGUGAAACGCCAGAGCAGUAUCAACAAAGAGGACAAAUACAAGAUUAAACAGAUCAUCUACCACUUCAUUCCCGACAUGCUGUUCUCCCAAAGAGGAGUGCUGUCGGACGCCGAGGAGGACGAUGAGGAGGAAGACAUGGACGUUGACGAGGGGGCAUCGAAGAAGCACAACGGGCUAACGGGAGGAGGUAGCGGCAGCCCGACAAAGUCCAAACUGCUGUUUAGCACGUCCACGGCCCAGCGUCUUCGCUCCUGCGAGGACGCGUACAAUCUGUUUUACGUCAAUAACAACUGGUACAUCUUCCUACGGCUGCAUCACACCCUGUGCUCACGUCUGCUGCGGCUCUUCGUGCAGGCCGAACGGCAGAUCGAAGAGGACCUGAGGGAGCGCGAGUGGGAGAGGGAGGAGCUCGGGCUCAAACGGGACAAAAACGACAACACUGCUGUCCAGCUGCGUUUGAAGGAGCCCAUGGAUGUCGAUGUGGAGGAUUAUUACUCUGCGUUUCUGGAGAUGGUGCGAAAUCUGCUGGAUGGGAAUAUGGAGGCGUCUCAGUACGAGGAUUCGCUACGAGAGAUGUUCACUAUUCAUGCCUACAUCGCCUUCACCAUGGACAAACUCAUCCAGAACAUAGUCAGACAGCUCCAGCACAUAGUGAGUGAGGAGAUCUGUGUUCAGGUCACUGAACUGUACCUGAGUGAGAGCAGCCACUCAGCCACAGGUGGAUCUCUGCUCACACAGAGCAGCAGGGCACCGGCGGAAAUGUCUUACCAGCGCAAAGCCGAGCAGCUCAUGUCCGACGAGAAUUGCUUUAAGUUGAUGUUCAUGAAGAACAGAGGAAACGUUCAGCUCACUGUAGAGCUGCUGGACACAGAGGAGGAGAACUCAGAUGGGCCAAUGGAGAUCGAGCGCUGGUCGGAUUACGUUGUGCGGUAUCUGUCGACUGAUUUCACGUCUCCAGAUCUGAGGGAUCAUCUGUCUCAAAAGCCUGUGUUUCUGCCAAGGAACCUGCGACGGAUCCGUAAGUGUCAGCGUGGCUGUGAGCCUCAGGAGAAGGAGGUGAAGGACGGAGGCAGAAAAGAGAAUGCAGACAGCAUGAAGAUGGAGUGCAUGUUCAAACUCAACUCUUAUAAGAUGGUGUAUGUCUUUAAAUCUGAAGAUUACAUGUACAGACGCACAGCACUGCUGAGAGCACACCAGUCUCACGAGCGAGUGAGCACACGUCUGCACCAGCGUUUUCACGCUUGGACUCAGCGCUGGGCGAAGGAGCACGUGACCAGAGAAAUGGCUGCCGAAACCAGCAGAUGGCUCAUGGGAGAAGGGCGGGAGGGACUGGUGCCUUGCUCCACCACCUGCGACCCCGAGACCCUUCACUUCCAGCGCAUUAACAAAUACAGAGUCCAAUACGGCAGCGGCCACAAGAGCCAGUGACA